AUGCUUAGAUUCGUUGCCAGAAACGGUCUUCGUUCCCGCGCGCGGCCGCUAAUUCCGGCCAGAACGCUGGCUACUGGGUUUGACAGCUUUUUACAAACCAACAACGCCAACUACAUCGACGAGAUGUACGAGGCAUGGAGCAAAGAUCCCAAGAGCGUGCAUGUCUCGUGGGACGCGUACUUCCGCAACAUGAACGGCAACAAGCCGGCUUCCACUGCCUUUGUUGCUCCUCCUACUCUGAUCCCACAGCCUGAGGGAGGUAUACCUCAUCUUGUGCCCUCUGCCACGGGAAACAUCAGCGAGGGUAUUUUGGUUCACCUCAAAGCGCAGCUGCUUGUGAGGGCGUACCAGGUGCGUGGCCACCAGAGAGCCCACAUCGAUCCGUUGGGAAUUACCUUUGGUGACGACAAAAACACCCCGCCUCCAAGAGAGCUGACUCUUGACUACUACGGCUUCACCGAGGCCGACCUGGACAAGGACAUUACGCUGGGUCCGGGUAUUCUGCCGUACUUCAUCAAGGACGGCGUCACGUCCAUGAAGCUCAGGGACGUGAUCAAGACGUGCGAGAAGAUAUACUGCUCGUCGUACGGUGUGGAGUAUGUCCACAUCCCAUCGAAGCAGAAGUGCGACUGGCUUCGUGAGAGAAUAGAGAUUCCUACGCCGUUCAAGUUCACUCCGGAUCAGAAAAGACAGAUCCUUGAUAGACUGAUGUGGUCGUGUGAGUUUGAGAACUUCUUGUCCACCAAGUUCCCUAACGACAAGAGAUUCGGUCUUGAGGGAGCAGAGUCGGUUGUGCCGGGUCUGAAGGCCCUGAUCGACACUGCCGUGGACCUUGGAGUCGAGGAUGUCGUCAUUGGUAUGCCUCACAGAGGUAGACUGAACAUGCUGGCCAACGUUGUGCGUAAGCCAGCCGAGGCUAUUUUCUCCGAGUUCACGGGUUCGAAGGAGUUUGACGAGGGUUCCGGCGACGUGAAGUACCAUCUGGGUAUGAACUACGUCAGACCAACCACCUCUGGAAAAACUGUGAAUCUGUCCAUUGUGGCCAACCCGUCACACUUGGAGGCCGAGGACCCGGUCGUUUUGGGAAGAACCAGAGCGAUUCAGCACUACAAGAACGAUGUCGGCGAGUUCAAGAAGGCCCUAGCCGUGCUGUUGCACGGUGACGCUGCAUUCGCCGGCCAGGGUGUCGUCUACGAAACCAUGGGCUUCACUGCUCUGCCUGCCUACGCUACCGGAGGAACUGUUCACGUGAUCGUGAAUAACCAGAUCGGCUUCACCACAGAUCCUAGAUUUGCCAGAUCCACACCUUACCCGUCCGACAUUGCCAAGUCUAUCAACGCCCCAAUUUUCCACGUGAACGCUGACGACGUCGAGUCUGUGGUCUACAUGUUCAAUCUGGCUGCCGAGUGGAGAGCCGCUUUCAAUUCGGACGUCAUUUUGGACGUUGUCGGAUACAGAAAGCACGGCCACAACGAGACCGACCAGCCUUCCUUCACGCAGCCCCUGAUGUACGAGAGAAUUGCGCACAAGAAGCAGGUCUUGGACAUGUAUAUCGACAAGCUGCUGAAAGAAGGUACGUUCACGGAAGAGGACAUCAACGAGCACAAACAAUGGGUGUGGAACACUUUGGAGGAGUCGUUUGGCAAGUCGAAAGACUAUAAGCCAGACUCGAGAGAGUGGUUGACCACGCCUUGGGAAGGGUUCAAGUCGCCUAAAGAACUGGCUACAGAGGUUCUGCCUCAUUUGCCUACCGCCAUCUCCGAGGAGAAGGUGAAGCACAUCGGAAAGGUUGUCUCGACCGUUCCUGAAAAGUUCAACUUGCAUAGAAACCUCAAGAGAAUUUUGGGAAACAGACUCAAGUCCAUUGAGAGCGGCCAGGGAAUCGACUGGUCCACGGGUGAAGCUCUGGCCUUUGGUUCUCUGGCCAUGGAAGGAUACCACGUUCGUGUGUCGGGCCAGGAUGUGGAAAGAGGUACUUUCUCGCAGAGACACGCUGUUUUGCACGACCAAAAGAGCGAAGAGACGUACAUUCCAUUGAAGCAUCUUGACGAAAACCAAGGAGAUUUUGUGAUCAGCAACUCUUCUCUUUCCGAGUACGGUGUGAUGGGAUUCGAGUACGGAUACUCGCUGACCUCGCCAGACGCUCUUGUUGUUUGGGAGGCCCAAUUUGGUGACUUUGCCAACACGGCACAGGUCAUUAUUGACCAGUUCAUCGCUGCUGGUGAGUCUAAGUGGAAACAGAGAUCCGGUGUCGUUCUGUCCUUGCCUCACGGUUACGAUGGACAGGGACCGGAGCACUCUUCCGGAAGACUCGAGAGAUACUUGCAACUUUGUAACGAAGACCCUCGUUACUUCCCUACCCCAGAGAAGCUCGAGAGACAGCAUCAAGACUGCAACAUGCAGGUUGCGUACCCAUCGACGCCGGCAUCGUUGUUCCACAUUCUGAGAAGACAGAUGCACCGUCAGUUCAGAAAACCUCUGAUUCUGUUUUUCUCCAAGAGUCUGUUGAGACACCCGCUGGCCAGAUCGAGCAUUGACGAGUUCACUGGCGACUCUCACUUCCAGUGGAUCAUCGAGGACGUUGAGCUGGGAAAGAGCAUCAACGAGAAGGCCGGUAUCAAGAGAGUUGUUUUGUGCAGCGGCCAGGUUUACACUGCUCUGCACAAGAGAAGACAGAACCUGGGAGACAAGGAGACCGCCUUCAUCAAGGUGGAGCAGCUGCACCCAUUCCCAUUUGCCCAGCUCAGAGACGCCCUGCUGUCGUACCCUGCUCUUGAGGACCUUGUGUGGUGUCAAGAGGAGCCAUUCAACAUGGGAGCCUACUCUUAUGUUACUCCAAGAAUCGAGACCGUGUUAAGAGAGGCCGGUCUGGAGAAGUUGGGUCUGAGAUACGCAGGAAGAGACCCAUCGGCCUCUGUUGCUGCUGGAUCUAAGGCCAUGCACACUGCCGAGGAGGAGGCCCUGCUUGACCAGGUGUUCAACAAUUAA